AUGAUAGGUCUGAGAGAUAAAAGCCCUUUAAGCACUAACUAAUAUUCCAAACAAUAGUAACCUAAAUAUGAGUAAAAAUAGCUAAAAAUAAGAAUGAAUGACAUUUCUAUAAGCAACUUUUCAACUCCUCUACUUUCUAUGAUGAUGUCUUAAAAUAUAGAGUUAAGUAAUAUAUUAGAAUUAAACUUAUCAGGCAACCUCUUAACUUCUAUGCCAAAUUUAAUCGACUUGAAAUGCCUUAAGAAUUUAAAUGUUGCUGCAAACAAAAUUUCUUCAAUAAAAGACAUGAAAUUACCAAACUCAUUGCAGGAUUUAAAUCUUUCUAAAAACUGCAUAACAUACUUGUUUGAAAGAGAUACUAAGGGGCAGGCAAUAAGUUUUUUCAAGGAUCUAACAAACUUAUCUAGAUUGUUUUUGAGUGAAAAUUCAAUUGAAUAACUGCAUUCAUGUAUUUUUACAUCUUCAGCAAGAACACUUAAAUAAAUCGACAUUUCUUAAAAUAAAAUUAAGAAAGGCUUGAUUUGUUUUUCAUUCCUUACCCACCUAGAAAUACUGAAUUUAAGUUCAAACAAGUUAGAUGAUAUCUAAGAGUUCAAAAAGUUAGAUGCGAAACUACCUUUUCUAGAAACAAUAGACAUUUCUUAAACUGAAUUAGAUGAAAAAUAUGGGUAAAAAUGUGAAGAGUAUAUCAAAAAAUUUUUCUCAGAAAAAACAAAAGUACUUAUAGGCAAAAAUUAAAAACUUUAAAAAAAGUUUAAUGAUGUCACCUGCCAUCCUUUAAACAAGAAGAAUAGCAUCUUUUAGAGUAGCACUGCCAUCAAAAAACCUUGCUUAAAUCCAAAUAAAAUUUUCAAAAGCUUGCUGAAGGAUGAGAAAAAGAAUGAAAAAAAUGAAAAAAAAUAAGUUGAGUUAACUUCUUAUUCUCUAGAAAGGUAUAAUCGAUAAAUUUAAUCAGCUCAAAACCAAAGUGAAAACAAUCAAAAUGAAGAAAAGCAUGUUAAUUAGAAUCAAACUCAAUCAAUUAAAAAUAAAAACUAAUCUAAAUCAACUUUGACAGAUCAUAAUCAAAUUAAAAUUGAACCAUCAAGACACAAAAGAAUUCAAUCAGCAUACAGCGGAAACUAAACUAGCUAUAAAUUAGAAGAAAAAAAUCAACAACUCACCCAACUUUAAGACAGCUAAUUUUAUAUCAAGUAUUAACCUAACAGCUCUAGGCACUCGAGUUUUACUUUACCUGUUGUUGAAGAAUAGCCAGAAUUGAAUCAUGUUCUUGAAAAUUAAAAAACCAAAAACUCUAAAAUAUUACUGAAUGAUUUUUAAAAUCAAAUUCCUUUUAAGUAAUAAACAGAAACCACCCAGAAUGAUAACAGUAACUCAAUGAAUACCUUCCAAACACCUAUAAGGUCUCAUGUUAGAAGUCCUUCAGCACCCCUUUAAGAUAUGAAAUGGAAAUAUUUGAGCCAAAACUCUAUAAGCUCUGUCAACUACAAUAAUUACAGCAUUGAUACAUCACCAUUUGAAUUACCCCUAACGCAAUCAAGUUAGAAAAAUAAAAAUUCUUAGAUUGAACAUAAGAAUGCUGGUUUACAUAACAGUUUGUAAUAAGAACAUCAACAAUAAGUGAACUAGAAUAAUCUAAUGUGUGAUUUUUAUUAGUAACUGAAUUCUCAAUUACAGAUGCAGGUACAAUCUAAAGAACAAAUCAAGAAUACCAACUAAAUGCUAAACCCAGAUCAUGAACAUUUAUAAAAUCAACUCAACCAAAAAUUCUUCAUCCAAAAUUUAUGCUAAAUUCUUUAAACUCAUGUAUUUAAGAAUGACCCAAGCUUUAGCUUAGAAAAGUUAGAGGAUGCUUUCAACAAUGGACAAAAAUAAUUUUUGACUUAAUUGAAAUAGUAUUUAAUUAAACUAGAAUGUAUCAAAUUUUAAGACUAAAUCAAUCCAUAUGAUUUUAAUAUUUUUAAUAAUUGUUGA